ACACACUGAAGGCAACAGUUUUAUUUUUGGAGUGGCCACGGGCACGGUGGCUCGCUCCCUAAGGCUCUGGUUCACUUCAGGAUGAGACGGCCCUGUGGCACUCUGAGCCGGGAUUAACAAGCAGAGAGCAUUUUGUCCCGACAGCCGCUCGCCGAAGGAGUCAGACAUGCUGAUGGAAGUCAGCUACAGUAACGGGCUGGAGCCUGACCUUUCCCAGCAGUAUCCUCCGGCCUUGCUGCCAAAACCAGGCAAAGACAAUGCACGGCUUCAGAAACUCAAGAAGAAGAGAACCAAGAAAAAAGGCAGUCUCUCUCAGACGCCCGUCCCCUUUCGCUCCUGUUUGUCGCCUGUAAACGAAGCGAGCACGGACCUCGAGCACAGCGACCAGUCCAGCCCAUCGAGGACACCAGAAUCAGUCUACAUUGCGGACUCAUCACUGUCCGGUUUCCCCUCCCUUUUUGAUCACUCUGCAUUUCCUCAUCCUCAGAGCAGCCCCUACGGUCAAACUGGCAGCUUCCCCCCUCAGUCUUACACGACUCAGAUCAGGGCUCCUGAAGAGCUGGUGGCUCCACUGUACGAGUGCUCCUCUUUAUUAUUCGACGACGAAACCCCUUUCAUGAUGCCACCUUCAGCUUCACCAGCCCCAUCACCACCUGAGCAGCUCCCCGCACUACCUCUUCAUUCUGCUUUUAAUUUAAACAUGACAGCAAGUUCCCAUAGGUCAGUCACAACAGUCUCUUCUGCCACUGUAUUGCAAUCCAGCCCUAAAAUAUCAACUCACAGCCUGACCCUAUCCCCAGCUGCCCCCAACUGUGGCCCAGGACCGGCACCUUCUCAAGUUGCAGACCUACCUCCUGUUCCUGUGCUGCUAUCACUUUCAAACAACCAGACACCUUUUGUCCCAAGGGAGACAAACGCCACUUUAAAGGACAGCCCUCAAACUCAGAUGUCGUCUUGGACUGCCAGAUCCCCCAGUAAUGGCAACCUCGCUCCAAACCAGAUGCCCUCUGAGAUAACUGCCUCAAAAAUAUCGCUUGUUGAAGCGGUGAAAGAGUCAAAUCCUGACUCCUCACAAACCAGGAUUUAUACCUCAAAGGCAACAUUUUAUGAGAUCUCUAAACCCCCCUCCAUGCAGGACCUCACAGUAAUAAACCCAACCUGCCAUGGAGCAUCAUUAUCUGCCACAAAUAGGGUGAAAACAAAUGUGCCAGUCUUGAAAACUGAUCAGAAAAUGUUUGUAACCAGGACUCAAAGUGGAAGACCUAAGACUCCCUCCUGCAGACCGUCUCAAGUAUCCACACCCACUUUUGAAAUAUCCAAACCUAACCCGCUUUUAUUUGCUGCAAGUCCCAAUUUACAAGCUCCUGCUAUUGCUAAAGAAACUCCACAGAAUACAUUAUUAAUUCAAGCUAGUGUUAAACAUAGUAAACCUGCUAGUAAACCUCUUACUUCCACAGAAGAGCCGAAGCGAACUGAUGCUAAUCAAAUAACGUCCAUCAAGCAAAGCAGCCAUUACAAAGAGAUAGAGAACCAGCACACCCGAAGGAGUACAAUAAAUGUAAGUGUUGCCAAUACUGAAUUGUAUCCCAGAGAGAAUUUAUCAUCAAGUAUCACUGCACCUGGAUCUGUUGUGGCCAAACCAACAUUGAUGGAACCUGUCGACCCACAGCUAAAAACAGACCAAGUUGCAGGAAGUGAAGCUUCAUCUUUUCCAAAGGUUCCAUCAUUUUUGACUGUUCCAAACACCUCCAAUCUCAAACCAACACUGGUGAUUUCAAUGCAAGCACCAACAAGUCCAAGCCCCCUGUCCACCCCGAAUCGUCCUCCUGCGUUUGAGGCACGCAAGUCCUUGACAUCCUUAUUGGAAACUCAAAUGACGUUAGUGACCUCCAAGCCCAAAUCCCGAUCGACUUAUUAUGGCCUUACUCCAUCUGAGUAUGCUGCCUUUGGUGGAAUUAGGAGGGUAGCAGCACAUCAAAGCCCUGUUACCUGCAGGGCUAAUGAAACCUUGUUAAACAAAUCACAGUCGGAAGUAGCUGUUGAUGUAUCACACAUCUCUAAGUCUGAUGCAACAAAACAAAUCAAUGGAAAUCAAGAUCUUCUCUCUUCAGUGGAGGUUUCUGCUGCUCACGGUUUACAGCCUCUGUCGCCUCCAACGGAUUCACAACGUCCGGAGGAACUGAUGGUCACAUGUAGCAAAGAUCUGUUUGAGGAAAGUCUCUCAGAAGCUCAAAGUUUUGGAAUACAAUCACUUAAAACAUCUAGUGUGGACACAGUAAAACCUGAGUUUCCUCUUGGCUUGUCACAGAAAACAAUGCAGCAAUCACCAAGUGACGUGUCCACACCGCAAGCCUCAUACUCUGAGGCUCCAAUACCUACAGCAGGUGAGGUACACGCACAAAGUGCAGCACUAUUUUCUAUGGCUAAAUCACUAUUUACAACCCCAUGCCUGACUGACAGCAGUGGAAAGUUGAGUUCUUACUCAGCCUUAGUGAAAGUAGAUCCAAAUGCAGAUACACAGCUGAUUGCAAAAGGGAAAGAUGCUGAUCAUGAAAACCAGGUUGUUCAAUCUCUUGCUACAGAGAAAGAGCUCAAAUUCUUAGGGAGUACCAUCACAAAUGGUGCGUCCAUCUUAGGAACCCAACAAAGCACCCAACUGGUGUCAGAAACACCACUGCCCAGUAGAGUGGCUACUGAAACCAUCGUACCUAAACAGAGAGAAGUAGUUAACCAGCAAAUCAAAGCAAACAGGGAGGAUAUUGGACCCAACAAAACAAACAGGGGAAACAAUUUACCUUCUAAUGCUGCCAGUACAGAAUGGGUACCUGACAAAACAAGCACUGAGCACCAAUUCUCGAAUGUAUUCUCUAAAGAACCAGUUGCUGUUAAGACAGUGCCCAUGCUGCCACAUGAGCCAGUUACAGCUUAUAUAUGUUCUGCACAGUCCAAUAUCUGCACCGUAUCUGCGGCCGAGCAAAGCACCAAAUUUAUACAGCAGCCCGGCGCCAAAACUCAAACUUACAGUCAAACUGUCGAAAACAAGAUGAACUUACCCAGAACAGGUCUCUCGUUGAUACAACCUCAAGCACCAACUGUUGUAAACCCAUAUCCUGUAAAUACUACACCACUGAGUAAACCCAACAGAGAAACCAAACAGCCAGGCCUGUCAAUCACUGCAACCAAAUCGCCCAGGAUAUCAGACACUAAAUCAUCUGUCAAAAGUGAGACAGAACAAUCAAAAGUGCAAACAAGAGAUCCCCAAAAGACAACCAAAAUGAAUGAUAGUGUACUUGUUAACACACAGAGUAGCAUGAGAACCAUUGGCCAAGAUAAAGUUGCUCAAGGAACAAGUUUCUACACAAACUCAAGCAAAACGACGGUAGAGAUUAAACAAGCCAAUGAAACAAGUCUUAGAAUAUCUGCUAAAGAUGCAAUACUCUUUAGUCAAGCUAGUAUUGAUGCCAAACCUCCAACUAAUAGUAAUAUUAACACUAACAGGGUAAGAAGCUCAUCACUAGACCUCCACAACUCGUUGUAUCCACAACUCAACCGUGAAAAAGUCAGUUCACUGACAGCGAAAGUGGAAGUAGAGAAUCUUCCCUCUAAACUUAUCCCAGCAGAAGACAGUCAAUUAAAACAGGCUUCAAAUCUUUCAACAGGAAAUGUAGCACUGACCACACUGAGCGGUGAAACCAAGUUAUCAGACCAACAAGGAUUAAUAACAGUCAAUAAGUUUUCCACAGACACAGUCUCACCUGGACAACCAGGAGGUUUAGAGCCCGUUCAUCACCUCAAACCUGCUGCAGAAACUGCUCUUGGUGUUACUGAAGCCAAACUCACCAAAAAGCCCCCGACAGAAACUAUUUUGCCAAUCCUGACAGAUCCAGCAGAGGGCAGUAAACCAACAUUUAAUACUGGACGGGUCAGUAAACCAGCAGUGCCGUCGAGCCCAACCAUGAGGCGAGUCGCACCAAGGAGCCCUCAGCUGAGAUCAGAGAGACCUGGUAGUCAGUCCGCAACCAAAGUACCCAUUGAUGAAAAAUCUCUUUCUGGCUCUAUUGCCCAAACAAGGGUCCACAUUAACUCGGAUGGAAAACACAUUUCCAACCUUCUCGCUGAGCAAAGAUCAUCAGAAGCAUCCGCACCUCAAGUCACUAAAACUGCUGUAAAAGAACAAUCACCUUUAAUCAAGCCAAUUACUGAGCGUAAAUAUUUAUCAAGUCCCACUCCAAGAACUAAGCACUCUGUGACAACCAGUGCUGUGUCAACAUCCAUUUCCACUGGUUGUAUAACAGCAGACAUAUCUAAAGUCAGUGUAGAACAGCAAAUCAUGACAGUGCCAGGUCAUAUCAUGCCGUCCCAAGAGAAUGAUCAAACUGUAGUGAGCUCUCAGUCUGGACACAAACAGUUCCGGCAAUCUGUCACUGAAACAAAGAAAUCUAGCAGCCGCACUGUAAAUACUCAAACCCUCUCACAAACUGCUGUAAAUACCUACGCUACUACUAAUAUUCAGAUCCUCAGUGAAGCCAAUAGAGAUUUUAGAACCCCAGUUAGCCCUCUUACAGUAACUAAACCUUGGACUGAAACAAGAGCUUCCCCGCGGCCCGAGCCACGAGUGAGGAGUACACCUAUACGAACAUAUACUCCAACCAUAGUUCAGGGCUCUCAAACUCCUGUGUCUUUAAACGACACAACAGAAACAAUACCCUCGUCAGUCAUUAUGGCAGAACAGAAAACUGCUCCGAUUACACCUCUUCAAAAUUAUACGUGUACAAGUGCUGUUCCGUCUUUGGCAAAGUCUUUCACAGAGCGUAUCUCAAAACCAGAAAUAAAACCAUCCAAGGACACUUCAGUCCCUGAGGUAAAAGCACAUUCCCCGACACAACAAGUGAAAUCAAACAUAGCAUCAAAUUCUAGUAAGCAGGGAGAACUCCUAUCUACAGAUCCUGUUUUAACCAGUAAACCCACUUUAAAACCAAAACGUCCCACUAAGCAGAUAGAGCCAAGACCCUCCUCUGCCACUGUAGAAUCAAAACCCCCAGUAGUAAAACCCGAUGUAAAGUCAACUUCAAAAUCUCCCCUCGAUCCGGUCCAGAUUAGUAAUGUUCAGUCUUCAUCAGAGCUACCAGUGCAGAACAUUUCCCCUGCAAAGCCAGCAACAGAUACUGACAUGAAACCGUCCAUAGUUAAAGCUGCUGUGAUUGACUCUGCCACUCCUGCCUCUCUGCCUCAGGCCUCAGUCUCAGUCAAAGCUCCAUCACCAAACAGAGGAACAUCACCGUCAUCUCAGCAAAAAGCUGGACUCAAAGACAAGGACGUUCCGAAGACCAAAAGGACUCCUGCACCGACGAACGCCCCAGCAGCCGAACCCUCCAGGAAGUCAACGACAUCAACUGCAUCUUCAAUUGCUGAUAAGAAGGUUGUGACAGCAGAGACACCCCCUCCAACGGCUCAGCCCAAAGCAGUCCAGAAGCCCAAAGGCCUUAAGGGUAGGCUCAGCGGAUGGACACGGCUCAAGAAACACAUGGUUGUUGAGCCAGACGAACCAGUGUUUCCAGAGAUUGAGGCCAAAUCUCAGGUCGUCGACAGUGGCAGCAACGAGACAACAGAUGUAGGUGGUAGCGAUAAAUCGGUACCUGACCAGUGUGUCAGUCAGGAUGUGCUCAAGAACACAGAAGCUCCCAGGGCGUUGAAGAUGUGGGACGCCCUCCUCUUUCAGAUGUUCUCCACAAAAGAGCGAAUAAUGCAACAGGUCAGCAACACCAAGAAGGAUUCAGAAGAGAAAAAGGCCCCGAAAGACAAUCAGGCAGAAGUCCCCUCUUUUGUCAGUCGCCUGCCAAUUUUGCUCUACAGCCCCCGAUUUGAUGCCAGGAAGCUUAAAGAGGCAGCGGAGAAGCCGCUCACCAAAAUAGCAGCUGUGUUUGAAAGGGGGCUGAUAAAACGCAAGUCUCAGGAGGACGAACGCAAGGACUUCAACAGAAAAGCCAGAGGAUUUGGGUCGUCGAAAAAGGUGGAUAUGUAAAAUGAACUGAAGCUUUGAGAGUGAAGAGUGAUUUCUCUGUUCGGUGAUUUAUCGUGAGAUUGGUGCAAUGAUCUCAGCAAACUGAGAGAUGCUCGGACGAGAAGAAACACAUCGCGAGAAUUUGGAAGAAAACAGACGAGAAACAAUUUCUGCAAUAGAGUUAAUUUUAUGAAUCAGUUAUUGAUUCCUGCUUAACCAACAUCUACUGUUUUCUAAUUGUUGGAGCGAGAGUAUUUCCAUUGGUAAUUUAAAAUAAAAUGUCUUCUUGCAUAUUCUCCGUAUGCGUUACCCGUGAAAACGUUAAGAGGUGAUACACGGCGUCUUUGCACUUUUAAUGAUGUGAAAUAAUGAAUAUGAAAAAUAGACAAAGACAGCAAAGAACUCUGAAACUGUACUUGGUUGGAUUUGUCUUGUAUCAUUGGACGAUGGCGUAGGUUGGAUGUAGUGUUGAAUGCACGAUCUGUAGAUACUCUGAUAGAUUUAAGACCGUUUCAUUUGUCACGCUCCACCUUUUUCUAUUUUUUCUAAACAAAGUUGGGCUGUUAGCGUUCACUCCGCUGGUAGGCAGUUUUUUAUCUCUGUAACACAUAGGGCUUUUACAUUCCUGGAACAACAGGGCAGAUGGGUUUAGAGGACGAAGAAAGAAUGAAGGUUUGAAGUCAGAACAGAUUAAGGUUCCUGAAAGUCGGGUGUGGAUGGAAACGUGGUGGGACCUGUCCGAGCUUUCGGUCAGGGCAGAAAAUACUGAGGCUGGUGCAUUUUGGGACGAAGUAGCGUGGUUCCAAAAACCAGAAAAGGCCGUGACAGCUGCAGAAAGAUCUAUGUGAAAGUGACAUUUCAUGGCUUUUGAGGCUUAAGCAGGUAUCAGCAUGUUGCUAUAGAAGUUGUUGUGUUGUUUUCCAUGAGAUGACCAUCGUGAUGUGGAAUUUCUUUUAUAAGAGGGGACUUUAUAAGCUAACUAUGGCCCCAUUUAUUACAUUGACGCUUCAUCCAUGUUUUUGUUUACUGUGUGAUUUUAAAAAAUGCAUAAAGCUGAAUGUGAAAUUCU